CUCUGAGUCAGCCGCCGGAAGCCUCGCCCGGGAUCGCAGCUGCGGGGAAGCAGGCAGCAAGCUGGAGGAACAGCCGCCGCCGCAGGAGCAGGAAUCUCCCGGAUUCUCUUCAGCUCCUGCUCCCGCCCCUUGGCCAGGCUGUUUCGGGGCGCGGCGGGGGUGCUGCUGCUUGCCGCCGCCGGUGCUCCCCGCCAGUCCUCCUCCUCCAGCCUCGGGCUGCCCUGGGGUCCUGCCCUUGUCUUCUUCCUCUUCCUACCUGCAAAUACCGGGAAUUCUUAAAAACUAGACCUUCCCUGAUGGAGGAUCUCCAUGAAGCAAAUGGCAGGUUUGCCAUCAACUUAUUAAAAAUGUUGGGUGAAGAGGACAGCUCCCGAAAUGUGUUCUUCUCCCCUUUGAGCAUCUCUUCUGCCCUGGCCAUGGUCUUCAUGGGGGCCAAAGGAAACACUGCCACCCAGAUGUCCCAGGUGCUUUGUUUGAACAGAGGCGGAGAUAUUCACCAAGGUUUCCGGUCACUUCUCACGGAGGUUAACAAAUCUGGCACUCAGUACUUGCUCAGAACUGCCAACAGACUCUUUGGAGAGAAGACGUGUGAUUUCCUUCCUGCCUUCAGGGAAUCCUGCCAGAAGUUCUACGAGGCCGAGCUGGAAGAGCUGUCCUUUGCUGCAGACACGGAAGAAUGCCGGAGACACAUAAAUGACUGGGUGACGGAGAGGACGGAGGGUAAGAUUUCAGAGAUCCUGGGUGCUGGGACAGUUGAUCCGCUGACUAAGCUGGUUCUCGUGAAUGCCAUCUAUUUCAACGGAAAGUGGAAUGAGCAGUUUGACAGAAAGUACACAAGGGGGAUGCCCUUCAAAAUCAACCAGGAGAAAAAGACCGUGCAGAUGAUGUUUAAGCUCGCUAAAUUUAACCUGGGGUAUGUGGAUGAGGUGCACGCUCAGGUGCUGGAGCUGCCGUACGUGGGGCAGGAGCUGAGCAUGGUCAUCGUCCUUCCGGAUGACAACGCCGAUCUCGCCUUGGUGGAAAAAGCCCUAACAUACGAGAAGUUCAGAGCCUGGACAAAUCCAGAAAAGAUGACUAAGGAUAAAGUUCAAGUUUUCCUUCCUCGAUUGAAGCUGGAGGAGAGUUACGACUUGGAGUCUUUUCUCCGAAGUUUAGGUAUGACUGAUGCGUUUGAGGAAGCCAAGGCAGACUUUUCUGGAAUGUCGGCGAAGAAGAACGUGCCCAUGUCCAAGGUGGCGCACAAGUGCUUUGUAGAAGUGAACGAAGAGGGCACGGAGGCGGCGGGGGCCACAGCCGUGGUCAGGAACGCUCGGAGCAGCAGACCCGAACCAAGGUUUUGUGCAGACCACCCUUUCCUUUUCUUCAUCACACACCACAACACCAAGAGCAUUUUGUUCUGUGGCAGGUUCUGCUCCCCAUAAGGAGGUGCACUUGCUGUAAACACUCCUUUCGCUUCUGCCCACCUGCCUUAAUGCAGAUUCCUGUGACCAAACCGGUGGGAUGGUUUGAAUGCCCAAAUAAAGCGUGUGCGCCUGGGAAGUCUGUGUGAAUGUCCUGACCGAAUAUUCCACGGCCACUGAGAGACGCAUCACACGUGCACAGUUUGGGGCUGAGAAGGCUGUGCUUGUUCGGGGGCUUCGGUCAGCUCCUCUUUCUCAUCGACUCUGCUCUCACCUGCCUAUCAGAGGACGGCCUGCCCCUCACCGUCUGUUCUCACUGUUUGUGGGCGUCUUGCGGAGCAUGUCUGGGAUUCACAAACCAGCCCUCCCUAUGCGUUCCCAUCCUGCAUUGACCUCAGGGCUCUGCCCACUUCCCCUACUGGGUUCCCGGGGAGAGGCUAGAGCCCAGCCCCACUGCACACACAGCCAGAGGCGAACACCACGGGGUAAAGCCUGAAGCCACCCAGGCUCAUAGCCGAGAUGAAGUGUCUCUGCCCCGGCAGGAUCACACAGACCGCCCUGCGGGUCCCACGUCUCACACAGGCCCCCAGGAAGACGACUCCUUCACAUCCUCUUGCCAUAAACCUUCAGGCCUGUGCUAGGAGGCCGAGCUCUGAAUGUGCCACGUAGUCCCCUCCAUUCCCUUUUCAUCGGAAGCUGCCCCCGCCCCCCACCCCGGGACCUUCAUGUGAAGCAGCUGUCAGGACAGCGUCCCUCUACUUAACCACAUACGCCCACGUGUGGCUCCAGCACGUUGUGCUUACGUACGGCCCUCCCUGCAGUAUUCUUUUGACUUAAAAAAGGAUUUGUAUUGUGGUAGCAGCUUGGAAACUAUUGAAAAGUACUAGAGAACACUGAAGUCACCCACAAUUUUACCACUAUGAAAUCACUAUUUUUUUUUUAAAGAUUUUAUUUAUAUGACAGAGAGAGCACAAGCAGGGGGAGAAGCAGGCUCCCCA